AUGUCUUCAGUAAGCGACGACCAGCUGGUCAAAGUGUCCACUGAGGCUGCCACCGAGCUUGUUCAAACAUUCUACCAAGCCCUUUGUUCCAACCGCGAGUCUAUCGCCUCCUUCUACGCUCCAGUAGCCUCAAAAAUCCUCUUCAACGGCAACACUGUGGCAGACGGUGCUGCGGUGCAAGAUAUCUUCGUCAACCAGAUGCCACACGCACACUACGAAGCCCAAUCAUAUGACUGCCAAGUUAUCAACCGCGCUUACCCUACCGUUACCGAGUCUGGUAUCAAACCGGCCGCCCAGAUGACCAUUAAGGACAUGUCGAUAUUGGUGAUUGUGAGCGGACAUGUGCGAUAUGGCGAGAACCGCGAUCAGCCUCAGCGCGGCUUUAGUGAAACCUUCGUCCUCGUACCCAACCCGUCUGCUGAGCGUGGCAAGCGCCGACGAGACUGGUUGAUCCAGAGCCAAAACUUCCGCCUUGUCGUCUGA